CACACGGAGCGGUCGCGCACACAGCCGUCCUGGAAAACCACAAACUUUUCACGGGACUCUGAAGAAGAAUAUUGAAAGUUUACCGCCCUCCUAAUCACUACAUCGCGUGUGUUAUAUCCGAUGAUGGCUAACGAUGUGUUUCGUUCCUUAAAACGUUAUCGAGGUGUUAUUUUUCAGUUUUUAUGUUAAAAACAAGUUGUCAUUAUAUUUAAUGCCACAUUCGUGUUACGCUUGUUUUGGUGGCGUCCAGCGUGGGAUACGUGGACUUAUUUUUUUCUAGUCAUAUAUUUUCAAAGACAGCAAUGGAUCUCUCAAGUUUCCUUAAAACAAGUAAUAUGAUAUUAACUUUUAUCAUGUUGGAUUGUCUUCUAGCUCGGAAUAUAGACGCAACUAUACAUGAGCCCGGUUUUAGUGGUCCGAUAGAAAACGUGACAGCACCUCUGGGUCGGGAAGCGAUACUCGCGUGCACAGUUCAUAACCUCUCCACAUACAAGGUUGCGUGGCUAAGAGUGGACACCCAGACAAUCUUAACGAUACAUACCCAUGUGAUAUCAAGGAGUAGACGUGUAGGGGUCACUCAUAGUGAUCAAAGGACCUGGUUCCUUCAUAUACGCGAGCUGAGAGAAACAGACAGAGGAUGGUAUAUGUGUCAAAUAAAUACAGAUCCCAUGAAGAGUCAGCUGGGAUACUUGGAUAUAGUCGUUCCACCGGAUAUUCUCGACCGCGGAACAAGCGCUGAUCAGACGGUACGCGAAGGGGCGUCGAUAAGUCUAACAUGUGCUGCGACUGGGUCACCACAUCCUCAGAUCACGUGGCGAAGGGAGCAUUCCAAACCCAUUGUGGGUUCAGACGGGUUACAAGUGACGUCAUUGGAAGGUCCUGUGUUAAAUAUAAGCCGAGUGACGCGCCAGCACGCCGGGGCGUACCUAUGCAUCGCUUCAAACGGCGUACCGCCAACUGUUAGCAAGCGAAUAAUGCUUACCGUUGAAUUUCCACCGGUCAUCGUUAUUAGAAAUCAGCUAGUAGGAGCAGCCCUGGGUUCAGACCUCGUCAUCGAAUGUGAGACCGAAGCAUAUCCCAAACCAGUCAGUUAUUGGAGUCGAGAGAGCGGUGAAAUCGUUCCUAUAGGUGGGAGUUUAGAGCCUCAGAAGAUAUCCGGUUCCUAUCGGUCAGUACUCAGACUACCAAUACGAAGAGUUACCAGUGCAGAUUACGGAACUUACAAGUGUGUCUCUAAGAACUCGUUGGGCGAUACCGAGGGUUCAAUUAAGUUGUAUCCAAUGCAACCGCCGGCAAUGGAAAACCGAAAUGUCAUCCAGAAGCUAAAUAUUGUGGCUGGGAAAGCUUCAGACAUCACACCGUUUGGCACACAAGAUUUCAGAUUACAAGAUUACAACAAAGGGGUUUUGAAGGAUCGUUUUUGUUACCGCGUUAUGAUCGCGUUCAUUAUCGUAAUAAAAGUUGUGUUAAUUUAAAAAGGAACAAAGUACAGUUACUCCGUUCAAUUAAUUCAGUACACAACUGUACAUAUACCUAGUUAAUAAAUGUCAUGUAUAUUAUGCAGUACUUUUGCAUGUCAAUGUUUAUUUAGUCAGAAGAUGAAAUGAAAAUACCAGUGUACGGGUGCAAAAGAUUUAUUUGUAAAUUUUUUU